UUUCAGACCGUCCAUGAACAAAUAACAUCACAUAAUGUGGAACCUUAACUGCAGUGAAAGCGACACAAAAGUCGCUUGUCUGAAUCUGGGAGAAGCGGUGCUCACAAUAUCCUCAAUGCUCACAGUCAUGCUACUUAUAAUAUUUGGAAAUCUGCUUGUGGUGGUCACAGUUUACCGGGAUCGGAAGUUACGAAUGCAGCGACAGAACUGGCUAAUCGUGAGUCUCGCCGUUGCGGAUAUGCUAGUCGGACUGCUGGUCAUGCCACUAACUCUGACUUACGAAAUAGUUGGUGAAUGGACCAUGGGUAACAUUCUUUGUGAGAUUUGGUUGGCGUUAGAUGUUCUUUUUGUUACCGCUUCCAUCUUGCACAUUUGUGCAAUUUCCUUGGAUAGGUACUUCUCGGUAACUUCGCCACUCACAUAUCCAGCAACUAGGACUCCUCUCCGAAUGUUUAUUUAUAUUGGAGUGUCUUGGAUUGUUUCUCUUCUCAUUUGCCUCCCACCAAUUUUCGGAUGGCGACCGGAAAGGGCAGAAGGAGAGUGCUCCGUUAGCACUGAUCUCGGAUAUGUGCUCUACUCGUCCCUGGGGUCUUUCUACAUUCCCGUUGUCAUUCUCAUCAUCGUUUAUGCCAAAAUCUACAGUAUAACCAUCCGUCAUAGUAGGCAGCGACUGAAGGAAACAGAGAGGAGAGAUCAUACAUUGAAUAUGUUGACAAUUCGAAGCAGUACUAAUGAACGUUACAAUAUGGAGUACGAACUUGAAGAGAACUCCGACCCAAUUGAAGAUGAAAAAGAAAAAGUCGUUACCAACCGAGAUAUGAUUAACAAAGUAUGUUGGCAGCUUCGAAAAAUAUCCGAAGAAUUGCCAAGACAAGGAGUCAAGGUGAGUAUUGCUCUUGACACAAAUCAUAACAGCCCACCUGCAUCUGAUUUGACUAGAAAACUGGAAGAGAAGAAGUUUUGUGAGAAGCGAAAAAGGAAGCUGAAGGCAAAAGAACGACAGGCUACUUUGUUGCUUGGAAUUAUUUUGUCAGCGUUUAUUCUUAGCUGGCUGCCAUUCUUUUUAAUCUACGUCAUUGGUGCUUUUGGACAUGAAGCUCCACCAUUGGUUUUCAAAUUCUUUUUCUGGUUGGGUUACUGUAACUCUGGUAUCAACCCGGUGAUCUACACAGUAUUCAAUCGUGAAUUCAAACGGGGUCUUUGCAAACAGCUGCACAAAUUUGAGCGAUUCAUUCAUCCACUCAUGGAGUUCUACAAAUGAAAACUAGUUUGCAAUUUGAGCAAUUCGAAACGGGUCGCGCCCUCCUUUAUCCAUUUUGAUUCAUGCCAUGUUCUUCUCUUUUUAAAACAUAAUCAAAAUACAAAAAAGCUUUACUGUUAAACUUGUAUGAAAUAAUAAUAAUUAAUCACAACAAUAUUUUAUUUAUAAUAAAAAUAAUAAUAAAGUUAUUUAUUUGUAA